AUGGAAUUUUUUCAAACAUUGCAAUUAUUAACUCAUAUUUUAAUAAAACAAUUUAUUAUCCUACCAUACUUUAAACCUUAUUCAUUUAAUUCAUUCCAUUUUUGUUUAUUUCUUAACAUUAAAUAUCAGAUAAAGUAACAGAAAGGCUUUUUUAUUUUGCUUUCUCUAGUAAUUAGUCAUAUUCUCUCAUUUUCACUUGUAUUUUUUAUUUUAAAACCAGUAAUUAUGCAUAAUCUUCUUCAAUUUACUUACGAAUAAUUUCUUUAUUUUUUUAUUCUUCAUCUUGUUGAAUAGAUUAUUACUAAUUUUAUGAUUGAAAAUUAUGUUAAUCAUAUUAUUCUGAUGAAUUUUGGCACUAUUGAUUCGAUGAGGAUUGGUUACUAUCUUUAUUAGAGGGUUAAUAAUUUAUUCCCAAAAUACUUGCAGCCUUUUAUUUUCCAUCAUCAUUUCUAAAUUAUUCUAAUAUAUUUACAGCAGAGCUAUCUUUAGUAGUAAAUCUUUGUAAGAGUUAUAAGCACUCUAACUUUUAAGAUUCAUCAGAUAUUGAUUUUAAAACAUCUUUCACUUUACUUGUUGAAAUAGAGUAUAAAUGGUCAUAAUCUACAACAUUUCUGA